AACUAGGAAUUCCAGCUUGUGCAGGAUCUGCACAAAGGCAGUAUUUUUUUAAUCAUAGAUCAUCCCUAGAAAAUAAAAGUUUCACGACAUCAUACUUGCACAGUAACUGCAUCGAAUGUGUCGCCGGGUAAGUUAUGCGGCUGCCACCAUCCCACGAGAGCUCCUGAAGCACAGGCAAUCACGCUGAAGCAGUGACCAAGAGUGGGUGGCGCUUAAGAGCUGUCAGUUUCCUUAAGCCCCUCCUACAUACUCAGAAAAGGGGUUUUUUUCUCCAGGGGGCUUACAAAAUAAUAAUAUAAUAAUAAUAAUAAAAGAUAAAUACCCACAAAAUCCAUCAUCAAAGAAAUAAACGACUAAAACAAUAAGGCAAAUAGUAAAGGCGGUACAAAUUAUAGAAAUGGUAGAAACAUAUCUUGAAAGGCAUUAUCGAUAUUAUUCUUUCUUACCCAAACCUAAUUUGAUGUGAAUGGAACAGAACUUUUAUUGCUAUACGACUGAGGACAGUGGAAAUAUUUGUUGGUACAGCUGAUUACAAUUGGCAAUAGCAGACUGAAUAAGAGUAUAUAUAUCAAAUACAUUAUACAGAAAAAUACAAAACUUAAUAUCUAUAAAGAUGGAUGUGCAAUAAAAAAAAACAACACUAAAGGACGCAGGACAUAAUGGAGAUCACUAACAAUGCCCACUGUAGCCUACCUCAAAUGUACAUUAAGUUGCAUACUGAAUAUGAAUUAAAUGCAGAACAGUUGCUCCGUAAAUGUAAAUAUUUAGCUUUGGUCAAGCAGAUUACGGAAAAAUAUUUUGCCAGUAUGUGAUGCAUCAUACCCUAUUUGGGACUCGGGUAGUUUUUAAUAGAAAAUAAUAAAAUACAUAAGAAAUAUUGCAGAAUACUUUAAUUUUAUUCACAAGCACGCCAGCUGCUGUCAACUUAAAACCCCGAAGUAUUGUCGUUAAUAAACAGAUUUACAGUUCUCAUUCUCGGGAGACGUGUCUUCAUUUAAUGGAAAAUGAUCAUAAGCCUGUGACAGCAUUGAAGUGAAUACAUCGUUAGCUCACUUGACAUGGUCACUGGCUUAUCCAGAAAAAGUCACUGACAGAUAGGGGGGUGGGGGUGGAAAGGAGGGAACUGUGGAGGAAGCGGGGAGGUGUAGGGCAGUGAGGAUGGAGAAGAAGGAGAUCGCCGCCUUCUCUGCAGGAAGGACAGUGGAGUUUAUUUGGACUUAUAUCCUUGAGGCAAUUUGGACAUUGUAAGACAAAAAGAGUGUUCCAGAUUGCAGUCUUUAAUCCUAAACAAAGGCAGAGUUGAUCGGAUAAAUCUCAUCUGAGCACAAGCUUCCCCGUAGACAAUUUGUCUUGAAUGUUAUUUUCUUUAUAAAAGGCGGUGCUGCCCGCGAAGACUGAAGAAAUAUGACGUUAAACGCCGUCCUCUCCUUCAGCAUGAUGCAGCUGAUGUUCUCAGGGACCAGAGUCACGUGAUGUUUGAAGGCAAACACAUACAUUUCUCGGAGGUGGACAAUAAGCCACUGUGCUCAUACAGCCCCAAACUGUGCAAGCAGCGCAGGCUAAACGGCUACGCCUUCUGUAUCCGCCAUGUCCUGGAGGACAAGACCGCCCCCUUCAAGCAGUGCGAGUAUGUGGCCAAGUACAACAGCCAGAGGUGCACCAACCCCAUCCCCAAAUCCGAGGACCGCAGGUACUGCAACAGCCACCUGCAGGUCCUGGGCUUCAUCCCCAAAAAGGAGCGAAAGAAAAAGCAGGAAGUCGUGGAUGAAGUGCGCCUGAAGCCUCGUCUGGAGUCAGUGGCCCUUAACAUCGUGGUUCCCUCUCUGGCCUUGAAGGCCCACAAUGGGCUGGACACACUGGCCCCCUGCCUACCCAGCGGGCUUCCGCUGGAGGCCAGCUUGCUGGACCCCUUCGCUUUCUGUGAGGACGAGACGGACGGCGAAGAGGGGAGUCCGCAGAAAAGUUCAGUUUUAGCGAAGGAGCUACAGAGGCGACCGGCGCUCAACCAGCCGCAGAAGCUGAGUGACUUAUUAUCGCCACUCGAGCACUUUAGCCCCUCCCCUCUCCCCUCUCAGGGUCCGCCAUCACCCCGAAACUCUCAGCUUCCUCCCCAGCAGCCUCAAAGCUCCAGCCACCUGUCUCCUUCCGGCCUCCCUGGACUGCAACAGGGACAGUUAUGCAAACCAGCGCUGCCUGACAGCCAGCCCCAGCCAAACCUGGGGAGCUACCACAGCCCAGAAGAGGCUCCUGGCCAUGUCGUCACUCAGAAGGCCACACCCAUGCCUGGGAGCGGCGCCCCCGGACCUCACAUUGUGGUGCUGCGCCCCUCCACCUUCCUUCCAUCGGCCGCCUGCCUUGAGCGUCUGAGACGCCUAGCCCACCUGUGCUGUCAGCGGCGACAGCUGCAUGGGGACCUCUUCCCACAUCUAGGGUUGGACUGGUCUGAGGACAGUGAGGAGGAUGAGAGCGAGCGGCCACUGCCUUCCGGCUGCACCCUGAGGCUGCAUGAGAGAUGCUUGCCGGACAGGUCUGAUGCGCAGGCGGCCCCCGACUCCCGCAGCUCCCGCCUGGCCCGGCUCUGCGGCCACCUGCAGCUAAAAUACAGGCAGGAUCGGGCAGCCACACGCCACCGCAGUGACCAGCGUGCCCUCCGGGUGGCGCUGCUGCGCGCCGCCUGCCGGGACCCCCACUGCACUGGGCAGCUGCUGCAGGAGCUGCGGAGGCCUUCCAGCACGCAGUCGCCGCAGAGGGAGGACACGGCCCCAGGAUCCUGUGCGGGCGGCUCCGGGGGACAGGCCUGCCACAGUCGCGCUCUGCCCUUCACUCGCCACUGCUUCCAGCAUAUCCUCCAGAAUCGUUCUCAGCAGCUGUUCUCCAGCUGUACGGCGCGCUUCGCCGACGGCCAGCAAUGCUCCGUUCCCGUCUUUGACAUCACGCACCAGACGCCCCUGUGCCAGGAACACGCCAAGAAGAUGGAUGAUUUCCUGCGUGGUGACAGUAACCGCAGGAUGAUGCACCAGCAGCAGCAGCAGCAGCAUAAGCCUCGCAAGAUCAAGCAGCCCACGCUCGGCAAGAAACACAAGAAGAAGCACAGACGGGCCCCUCGGCGGCCCCAGAAGCCCAUCCCGCCCGCGCUGCCCCAGGGCGACCUGGCGAUGCCUACCAGCCUGUCGCUGCCCACUCAAGCCGCUAGCCUCCGGAGUCCCGACCUGAGCAUUGGCCAGCUUCACGACGACAUCACCAAUGACAUCACCAAUGACAUCACAGACAUUCCCCACGACCUGGAGCUCAACCAGGAGGACUUCUCAGACGUGUUACCCAGACUUCCCGACGACCUGCAGGACUUCGAUAUCUUCGAAGGAAAGAACGGGGACCUUCUGCCCACUACAGAGGAGGCGGAGGAGCUGGUGCGUGCUCUCCAAGCCAUGGGCUCCUACCCUGACUCCCUGGCGUGUUUGGGCUCCAUAGGGGAGCUGGCUCAGACGGACACAGUGGACUCCCGGCCCAUGUCUGUGUUUUCUGGCUCGGGGGGGCAGGCUGGGACCAUGGGGGACCUGCUGAACGGCCGCAUCGCUACUGAGAGCUUCCCCGGCCUGGACCUGGAGGACAGCCUGCUACGGUCCCCGGUAGCGCCCCCCCAUGGCCCGGCGCAGAGCCCCCUGGCCGGCCAGCCAUUCCAGCCCCACCUACUGGCUGACCCAGAGCCGGUACAAUCCUCGCCACACGGCAGCCACUACAGCAGUGAGCCUGUGCCCUCCCCCUACAGUGAGCACAUGGCCUCACCCCGCCCCAGGCCUUUCUCGGCCGAGUCUCCCUUGCUGCUGGAGGUUCCCCUGAGUGGCGUCUCGUGCCCGGCAAGGUCCUCCUGGAGCAGCCUUCCCCUGUCCCUCACGGACCCCCAGUUCAGUAACCUUGUCGUUUCUGACGGCCACCUGAUAUCCACCUCCCUGUCCACACCGCCUUCCACCGCGCACCUGGUUAGCCUCCCCGUGCUGCCCCCUGGUGGUCUGACCAGCCUCCCUAUGCCACCAGCCUGCAACUCCUCGCCAUCUUCCUCCUUCUCCGUCUCGGCACAUGGUCUCCCAACCUCCAGCCAGCCCAAGCUGCAGCUGCCUCAGUUCAGUGCUGCCUUUGGACACCAGCUGGCCUCGCACUGCGGAAUCCCAAAGGACAUACAGCCCAGCCACAGCUCCACUGCUCCCCCCACUGGCUUCUCCACUGCCAGCACAGCAGCCGGCGCUGGCGGCUCUGCCCAUCCAUUCUCUCCUCAGUGAACUGGAGGCGCACAUCGCCGAGACAUUCGCGUGGGGCGUCAGGGAUGUAGAUGUACGUCGUCACUGUUCAGUGAGUCCCGGCGGACCGGCUCCUCUAUGCCCAAUCAGAAAAUGCCGUAACGUUAAUCUGAUCGGCCGCUAGCAGCAGGGUUUUGCCAGUGAUUGUCAGGGUUUGCAGGUUACAGGAAGCGUAGUGUGCACUGGUGUGUGACAGGGGGCGCACUGCAUACUGAGCGGGGCCCCGCACUGGUGUGUGACAGGGGGCGCGCUGCAUACUGAGCGGGGCCCCGCACUGGUGUGUGACAGGGGGCGCUGCAUACUGAGCGGGGCCACGCUCUAUCUGCAUUUCCUCUUCAGGCCCGUCCUCUCUGCCUCUCCGUUCACCAACUGUAUGUAUGUGUAUCAUAAGCCGCUUCCUGUCAUCACUGAACCGGACGUUUUUAAGCCUGAAUGUGUGUGUAUGUGACACCUUCAGGGUCCCCAACCUGAAAUGUUCCCCAGUUGAGUGUCUGCUUUAUACAGGGACACCCUGCCAAAUUGCUUUUUAUUAUUAUUUUUUUAAUCAGGGGACUCAAAUUUGAGAUUCAAUGAUCUCUGUGUUGCUGUGGAUCCACUGGAGCUGCAUAUUAAACACAAAAUGCUGGUUAUUUUAAGCAAUAACCCAUAACAGGAUCAUUAUACCUCCCUCCAUGACAGUACGUUAACGUGAAGUCUGUACAUAUGCACCAUGUCACCGUUUGCAGCAGUUUCAGUGACGGGGGUGAUUUUUUUUAUAUUUUUUAUUAAUUUUUUUAAUGCAAGGGCCCAUCAGGGUCCUGGUUCAAACUCAGGUUCUCCAGGGUCACGGUGGCCGCCGUUUCAUACCCCUGAUGAGUUUAGCAGGGUGGCCCCCGCCUGCGGACACAGAUCCCCGGGUCAGUCGCCACAAUCGUCGGUGCUCUACACUUGCUAACGUUGCCUUUAAAUCGGACCUUUUGCUAAUGACAAGGUCAUCUCACAGCAGGAGACUCCCUUUGUUUCAGGAACACAUAAGCAAUUUCAUGUCCCCCCCCCCCCCACACUUUUUUGUACUUGAUUUGUCUUUACAAAAGCCUGAUCCCAUGAGACUUGACUGUCAGAGGUAAUGAAACGGACGCAACCAAAACGCGGGGGUGGACGGGGCGCGCCAUCUCACUAUAGCCAAGUCCUGCAGUUACAAGGUAGCUGGCCGGUGUGUCUCUUAUGGCAGACAGGAUGGCAUUGUUUGUUUUUGGGUUUCUCUGUAGUCACCUGAACUGGAAAGGAGCUGAAGACCAGUGCUACGAAACCGCUUUUAGGAAGAGUUUUACAGAAACACUAAAACCUGUUUUCUUGGAACAGCCUAAUCGUGUCUCGUUAAAAGUAUUUAAUAUUUAUACUUCUGUACAUUGGGUUUUAUGGUGAACUCAAAAAAGUGAUAUUGACGUGACGAUGGAGGUAACUCUCUCCCGGUGGUGGUACAGUUUUAACGGGUUUCCAUCCCAGUGACCGUGUCAUGGCCCGCAAGACGAACGGACAUCGCAGAUCGUCUGCUUUACAUAUCCUUGGACAAACAUGGCGUCUGAGAAUCACUUGUUUGCCAUUUGGUCCCUUGCGGACAGCUGUGGUUGGCACUGUUCCAAAUGUGAAGUGGACCUUCGGUGGACACAGCCCCUCCCCCAAGCACCAGUACUGCCGCCCGGGAACAGAAAAACUUAUCAGGUAACUGCGACCGAACCUCAGCCCCCGGUGGUUUGGUGAUGGGGGCGCCCCCCGCUCAGGCCCUGCGCUCACACCCGCCUUCACCUCAGGCCUGUUUGAACUUUAAGAUGCAGCCAGACAAAAAAGCAAUUAUUCUGCCUGAGUAGUUUGAAUAGUAAGGGGAGGGAUAGGGGUAUGAUCCAUUUACUGCGAGCUAUGAAGCACUGUCCUAUUCAGACGACUGUGGAAGCACAGGUUAAAAGCACCCCCACCCUCUGAUCAAGCGUAAGAGGGCUUUUAAGCAGGCGGCAAUUCCUGUACUCACUGAAUGUACUGUAUUACUGUUUUUAAAGAUGGGGGUGAGGAUGAGAGUCACCUUUUGUCUUCGUCUCUUGGUUUAAAGUAUUUUUUGUAUCAAAGGUUUACAUUUUUAUGUAUAUUUGUGUACAAAUUAUGUAAUAUGUGUAUAAACUGUAUGUAAUGUAUAUAUAGUGUGGCCAAUUGAUCUUGGAUGUAUGAAUAAAACUUGCAGUGAGGAUUUUGA